GCAUGUAAGGCAGAACAAAUGUUUGUAAAGCAAUGUUUUGCACGUCUGACCUGGACAUCGGUAGCCCUGUGUUUUUUGUCUUCCGAAGUGUCAGCGCAUUAAAUAAUGCAAAUCGUAUAAGUUUAUGUGCGUUUCCUUCACUGAUGCCGUGAAUGGUUACGCAUGUCAUCGGCACGUCAUCAAUACAAACCGCUAUUUGACUUGCAAAUUUUACAGCUUGAUGUGUUGUUCCAAGGCAAAACCACAGGGUCAGUUUAUUAUCCCGUACUUCCAUGUGAAAAGUUGUUUGGUGAGGGGGGAAAAAGAACUUUGCAACAAAGCCUCUCUGCUGUCAGUCCACAGCACUCGUAGCAGCCAUCUGUCAUCAUUUUUAAUUGGUUAAAAAUCGAAAGCAGUAACCCAAAGCUGUUCUGCAUAUGUCAGAUUCUUUGAUACUGAAAACAUGUCUUUUCUCUCCGGGCAGCAUCUCAAGAACACAUUUGGUACCGGGUCACAUUUUCAGCUGAUUCUUUUCUUUUGCCCCCAGCGCUGUCCGGUGCAGUCAUAAGUCACAGAUACGGUCUACGCGUUACAUCUAGGGCAGCAGUCAGCUGAUUUAUUAGACGUGGGUAAUUAUACAAACAGGUAGUUCAUAAAUUUUAUGCACUUGUUUUUUCUGUCGCUGAACAGAGGUUUUCAACACCACACAUUGAUUUUCACUCUGAUUUUAGUGCUGCUGUCACUGUUGUUAUUGUCUUUCUGCCUCCGUGUUUGAACGAGAGUUGAAAGUCCAGCCGUACUGUAGCCGGCACAGGCUCGCUGACCUUUCACUGUACGGAGGCGGUGGAAACCGGAAAGGAAAGAGCAAGAAAUGGAAACAGAUGCUCCAGUUUCCACACAUAAGUCUGUGUGAGGAACUUCGGCAGACUAUAGAGAAGGACUAUUACAGCCUGUGUGAGAAGCAGCCGAUCGGACGCUUGCUCUUCCGCCAGUUUUGCGACACCAGGGUGGAGCUACGCCGCUGUGUCAAGUUCCUGGACGCUGUGGCGGAGUAUGAAGUCACUCCGGAUGAGAAAAGAAAGCAGUGUGGACAGGAGCUGAUAGACAAGUACUUCAGCUCCACGUCAGAGGACCAUGUCCCCGAGAUCGUGACCGAAAUGGUGAACAAGUGUGCCGAGAGCCUCCAGCAGGAAGCCUCCAAAGACCUCUUCAAGGAGUGCACCAAACUGAUUCACGACUACCUGAGUGUGGCUCCCUUCGCCGACUACCUCGACAGCAUGUACUUCAACCGUUUCCUACAGUGGAAGUGGCUGGAGAGACAACCAGUAACAAAGAACACAUUCCGGCAGUACAGGGUCCUGGGAAAGGGAGGUUUCGGUGAGGUGUGCGCCUGUCAGGUGCGAGCCACAGGGAAGAUGUACGCCUGUAAGAAAUUGGAGAAGAAGAGAAUUAAGAAGCGGAAAGGUGAAUCGAUGGCCCUCAAUGAGAAGCAGAUUUUGGAGAAGGUCAACAGCAGGUUUGUAGUGAGUCUAGCAUAUGCCUACGAGACGAAGGAUGCUCUCUGCCUUGUUCUCACCCUGAUGAACGGCGGGGACCUCAAAUUUCACAUCUACCACAUGGGUGAGGCCGGCUUCGAGGAGAAGCGGGCGAUCUUCUACGCCGCGGAGCUGUGCUGUGGACUGGAGGACCUCCACAGGGAGAGGAUAGUGUACAGAGACCUCAAGCCUGAAAACAUCUUAUUAGAUGACCACGGCCAUAUCAGAAUAUCUGACCUGGGUCUAGCAGUCCACGUCCCCGACGGUCAGACCAUCAAAGGGAGAGUGGGCACUGUGGGCUACAUGGCUCCCGAGGUGGUGAAGAAUGAACGCUACACCUUUAGCCCAGACUGGUGGGCCCUUGGCUGCCUGCUCUAUGAAAUGAUCGAGGGACAGUCACCCUUCCAGCAGCGCAAGAAGAAGAUUAAGCGGGAGGAGGUGGAGCGGCUGGUGCGGGAGGCUGACGAGGAGUAUUCCAGCAAGUUCUCAGAGGACGCCCGCUCACUCUGCAAGAUGCUGCUGGUCAAAGAUCCUAGUGUAAGGUUGGGCUGCCAAGGGGGCGGGGCUUCUGAGGUCAAAGCCCAUUCCCUCUUCCGUUCCAUAAACUUCAAGCGCUUAGAAGCGGGCAUGUUGGAGGCACCCUUCGUCCCCGACCCCCAAGCAAUCUACUGCAAGGACGUGCUGGACAUCGAGCAGUUCUCCACAGUGAAGGGCGUGGAGCUGGAACCCAAAGACAGUUCCUUCUACAGCAAGGUGUCCACGGGCAGCGUCCCCAUCCCAUGGCAGAACGAGAUGAUCGAGACCGAGUGCUUCAAGGAGCUCAAUGUGUUGCCCAUGGAUGGUUCCGUACCGCCUGACCUGGACUGGAGGGGCCAGCCGUCCCCCCCGCCCAAGCAGGGGCUGCUGCAAAGGCUCUUCGGGAGACAAGACUGCUGUGGGAACUGCAGCGACAGCGAAGAAGAGCCCACGAGACUGUGAGCCACUGCGGCUCCCACUAGAGUCCACUUUGUUUACAGAUUUUGCACAUUUGUAUUUUUAAGAUAGUUCUACAUAAAUAUGGGAAUGUAUAUUUUCAGUAUAUAGCCAUACAGUAAAUGUUAUUUAAAAAUGUAAAGGAGAAAAACAAGGCAAAAAAUUCACGAUACCGUCCAUUUCACGAAAGGCCUAGAAACAUCCGAGAGGCUGCGGCCGCUGUCAGCUUCCUCUCCGACAUCUCUCAGCUGACCCUAUCACUUGUGUGGGCUUUCUUUGGUUUCACGUGCAGUUUUCAUUUCCUAAAACGACAGUUCUUCGCAAAGCGACGCGUCGAGCCUCGCGUUCUUCCCAAACACGAUCCACCGCAGAGGAAAGAAAACGUGUUUUCUUAGCCGCCAAAUUAUUUCCCAUUAUUUUCGCAGUAUAAAUCCACCGAGCUCAUGUGUGACUGUUGAAUAUUAAUAUUUUCAUCGCGGUGUGUUACUCAGCAACCCUUGAAAUCUUGAGGCUGGAGUGCGAACGGUUAAUUUAUCAUUGCGUGUGAAGGUAGCCGGUUUUGUUUUAUUUCAUUUUAAUUUUCAACAAUACUGUUUAAUUUCUGAAGUUUCGACUUGUUCCCCUUACCGUACUGUGGGUUGUGAAGUGACUGAUUUGAUUGUUUUCAGCCUUCGCGUUCAACUGUCAGUCCGUUUCAGGAAUCGAACAGAACACUGUGACAGAGAGGAAGGCAAAAGUAAAUCUCUGCUGACGUCCACAUUGUUUAAGCAGGCUUUCAAAACACACCCGCGUGUUUGUCGUGCGUGCGGUUCGGCUUUUUUCGCUCCCGUGUGAAACGGGACCUGACUUGCGACCGGGAACCGAAGUCCGGGCCUGGAGGCCCGUCUGUGGAAAUUGGAUUUCGAGUUGUUGAAAAUGACUCUGGCGUGCAGGUAUACCUCAUGAUUUCUGAAUUCCGCUUCCGAAUGUGGAUAUUUGGAAUCGCCGGGAAGCGGGGACCGCAGGUGCGCGCGCAGGUACGGAGACGGUUCCGUGAACCUUAUGUGCUUCGCGAAGCACCCGAAGGAACCGCGUGACGCCACCUGCAUGUGUUCUGCCCACCUAUUCAUGCCUUCUUUAACAUUCGCUUCCCUCCCUUGAUGGUUGAGCGGCGUUUCCGCUUACUUUGGUUAACGGAAAGACAUGAAAGGGCCUGCCGUGUGCGUUUUAUGAAUUUCAUUUCACGACUGAAGUCACGAGGAGGUAUUUCAAGCUUGUUUGUUUGUUUGUUUGCUUUUUUUUUUAUGAAUACGACUUGGCUCGCUCAAUAUGUGUUUUUAUUAUCAGCUGAGCGUGUACAGUAUGACGAAGCCUGAUACUGCACUUCAGACCAAACGUGUUCGCUUGUUACUGUUGGAAGGAAGCCUGCGUGGCGAAGAAGUACAUCUGUCUCCUUUCAAGGUGCCUUUUAUUAAUUUUUUUCUUUAAGGUACUGUUGAAAUCAUGUUAUUUUCGCCGUGCCGGAGAAAGGACAAUCGGAACUCUCCGUUAGGUGGGAACGGAUGCGUACCUCGUCCGCUCACCUGUUACCGUGCCGCGCUGAUGUCCGUACCGUGCUCCACAAAGGCCGCCGGCUGGACUCUCCCCGCAGACGCCCCCCGCCGGGACCCUCGGCCGUCAAUCGCGAGACUGACCGCCUCCGCCCGCCCCCCAGGAAGCUCCGUUGACCGUGACUGAGCCAGUAAAAGAGGGACGCUGGGGAACCCGGGACGUGAGGACGUUCCCCAGGAGCUCCUGCCAAACGCAGAGAACGGCGUCUUUCGUUGUGCUUCAUUUUAUUUUGCUUUUCUCAGAUUCUCACUUAACUACAUUCCAAUAUAUGCGGUACUGUACAGUGUAAAAAGGAAAUCUCAUUUUGUUUAUUUAGCAAUAAUGGAUUUUAUAUGUGUAUUAAAAAAAACUAAGGACUAGAGGCGGACUAAGAGGAAUCGUCCCUUCGCGGUGUAUUUCUGAGCCAGGCUUCAUCACUGUGAACGCACCAAGAGGCCGUCAUAUCCCGUCACAGUCGUGUCACUUUGCGCUUGCCAUGCACUGAUUUUUGGUUGUGUUUGUGUGUGUGUGCGUAUAUGGGGGGGGGGGCGUUAUAAGUGCAUGUGUGUGUUUCAUUAUGUUACAAAUGUGCCUGCUCUCUCCAUUGUGUUAAGAACCACUUGGAGUAACCCUGGAGUAUCUUGUGCCCAUUGAGUUGAAAUACUACUGAAAGAUUUUUUUUUUUUUCCUUCAUUUCCUUUUGGGAAUUUUUUCGUUUUUUGGAGUCGAGACGACGAUGACCUGCCAAGCACAAAAAAAAAAAAAAAAUAAAAACGGGUUUUAUGUAUUUUGUCAUUUUAAAUUUUUUCUGGGAUACUGCUUCAGCCGUUUUUUACAUUACCAAACAAUGUUACUUUUACCUCACUCCAGCUGAGUCGCUCUACUAGUCUGGAAACCUGGCUGAGUAAAAAUUAUCUCUUUGGACGGAAUUAUCAGGUGAAAACUUGCAGUAAAACUGUCGUUUGGACAUGAUUAGCGGUGUCGCUGUGGUGUGUCCCUGCUCUACCAGGUCGGGAUCUUUCCAGCCUCCUGCAGUUGCCGAUUCGCGAUCUAUCAGUUUUACUAAAACACCUCUCCACUUUCGUUUCUUUACUCCUGUGUGCUACUUUUUCUGUUGUUUUCAACUGGUUUUUUCAGAAAAAAAAAAGCUCCUUGUUCUCAGCAAGACUGUGCAGCUACUUUGUGCACAAAACAAUCAAUUUUAAUUUCUCUCGACACCUAAUUUUUAACAAUACGACUGAAAGGUGCUUUUCAAACCCUCAUGAUGUGUGUGUGUG